GUUGCCCCACUAACCGAAGCUUCCGAGUCGCCAAAUAUUUCAGUAAAGCCUCGAAAUAUUUCAGCAAGAAGGAGCGAAGUGCAUUCGCGUGGACUGUCAAUGGCGGGAGGAAUCAACCGGAGGGACGAUGCUCCGGUUCCGAGCAGCACCAACGUCUUCGCAGCUCUUGGCAGCUUAAAGAAGAAGAAGAAGAAGAAGAAGAGCGAUGAAGAGGCCUCCAAGGAAGCUGGAGAGCAGGUCUUCUGGGCUCCGGCGCCUCUCAACGCAAAAUCGUGGGCCAACGUCGACGAUGGCGACGAUGACGACUACGCCACUGCCGCGCCCCCAGAGCAUGCUUGGAGCCGAACCGACGAGCCGAAGGCGGAGGAGAGUGAGGCCGAGGCUUCUCUUGAGGUUGGGUUGAUUGGUUUAAUGUACAUUGGUGCUGUCGAUGUGUAACUGAACGUCUUCUCUUUUUAAUCUGAAUUCUGAAGAGGUGUUUGCGAUUGUGGUUGGUUCGUGAGUUGGGAGUUUUGGUGGUUUAAAAUUGAAUUUGCAAUGUGCUGAGACUGAGAGGACCCAAGCAUUACUGUUUUGAGGUCAAGCUUGGUGAUAGGAAUUUCCCUUUAGUUUUUCUCUUUUUUGGCAUUACAUGUUUUAGAUGGCCUCAAGCGGUGUGGAGAGUAUAAUCAAAUCAAUUGCUCUUUUUCUUCGGUUGCUGGAUUAUUUUGUUUACCUUUUAAGAUUCUAAUGCAGUGUAAUGGGUAGCUUUCCUGUGUGGAUCCUAUAGAUGCUACUGUGUUGGAUGUUUGGAAGUCUUUUAUAUAGAAUUA